AUGCAAAAGAAACUCGAACAUGACGUGGAAUCCACCCAGGAUCAAACCAAAGAAAUAAUUGAACCCAACUAUCAAUUGACACCUCUUGUCAGCGCCUCUUUUCCUCCAGAUGGAGGAUAUGGGUGGGUAUGUACCGUUGCGGCUGCAAUAAUCAAUGCGCAUUCUUGGGGCUUCAACUCAGCCUAUACCGUGUUCCUAGCUCAUUACCUGAACAACAACAUCUUCCCCGGUGCCACUUCGCUCCAAUAUGCCUUGGUCGGAUCGUUGAGUCUCACAUGUCUAAUGCUCAUCUCACCCGUGGCAACUCUUGCCGUUGGCAAAAUCGGAAUCCGAGCGACGAUGAUGUGUGGCGUAGUCUUGGAGACUGCAAGUCUACUAUGCGCCAGUUGGGCUACAGAGAUAUGGCAUCUGUUCUUGACGCAAGGAUUGGUUUUCGGUAUGGGGUUGGGCCUCAUCUUUAUUCCUGUGGCGGCGGUUGUCCCGCAGUGGUUUACUACGAAAAGAUCACUUGCAAGUGGAAUCUCCCUUGCCGGUGCAGGUCUUGGUGGUGCGGUGUAUUCCCUUGCGGCUGCGGCUAUGAUGCGCAAUCUUGGACUUAGACUUACCUAUCGAAUCAUGGGGAGUAUCGCUUUUGUCGUGAAUACAAGCUGCACGCUUUUGAUCAAAGACCGGAGUCGCGUCACUGGGUCAAAGCAAGUAUCAUUCGAUGCCAGACUGUUCAAGAAGUGGGAAUAUACCCUGUUGCUUGGGUUCAGUGUCUUCAGCAUGUUGGGCUAUUUCAUUCUGAUCUUCAGUCUGGCCAACUUCGCCAACAAUAUUGGCCUCAACUCCUCACAAGCUUCUGUGGCGAGUGCACUAUUCAACAUCGGACAGGCGAUAGGUCGCCCCUUGAUCGGGUACUUCAGCGAUACCACUGGUCGCAUCAACAUGGCAGGCUCGAUGACUUUCCUUGCAGGUGUAUUGCCUCUGGUCAUCUGGACCAAUACCAAAAACUAUGGAGUAUUGAUUUUCUUCGCGCUUGCCGAAGGUCUAGUUGCUGGAAACUUCUGGGCCACGAUAGCACCGCUUGUGGCAGAGGUUGUCGGACUGGAGAAUGUACCUUGUGGCCUCAACCUCAUAUGGCUGGUCAUUGCUAUACCGUGCACAUUCAGUGAGCCGAUUGCGUUGGAAAUUUUCUCCGGGACUGGAAGUUAUCUCGGUACACAGCUGUUUACUGGGUUCAUGUACAUUGCUGCUGCUGGGUGUAUGUUGGCUCUGCGAGGAUGGAAAAUUGCCCAAAUUACGCAGUCUGCCAAUAAAAACGACUCGGAUGAGCAAGGCACGGCAACAGCCAGUGCGAUGUCUCCCUGCGGGGAGGAGACGGAAAUUAUCAGGGCUGACGAAUACUGGUACAAGUGCUUCAAAUGGGCGAAUGUAUAA